GGGAAAAUCCUUUACAAAGUUCGAUGGAAAGGCUAUACAUCAGAUGAUGAUACCUGGGAGCCUGAGGUUCAUCUGGAGGAUUGUAAAGAAGUUCUUCUUGAAUUUCGGAAGAAAGUUGCAGAGACCAAAGCUAAAGCAGUCAAGAAAGAUAUUCAGAGACUGUCUUUAAGUAAUGACAUAUUUGAAGCAAACUCUGAUAGUGAGCCACAAAGUGAGACAAAAGAAGAUACUUCUCCGAGGAAGAAAAAGAAGAAAUUAAGCCAAAGAGAAGAGAAAAGCCCAGAUCUGAAGAAGAAAAAAGUCAAGACUGGGAAACUGAAAGAUAAGUCCAAGCCAGACCUAGAAGGUCCCUCAGAAAACUUCGGUUUUGAUUUAAGAACAAAGAAAAGAAUUUUCGAAGUCAAAGAAGAAUUAAAGGAAUCCAAAAAGCCCAAAAAAGAUGAAAUAAAAGAAACUAAAGAAUUAAAGAAAGUUAAUAAAAAAGGUGAGAUGAGAGAUUUAAAGACUAAAAUAAGAGAUGAUCCCAAAGAAAACAGAAAAACAAAAAAAGAGAAGUGUGUUGAAUCUCAGUUGGAAUCUGAAUCAAGUGUGUUUCAUGAUUCCCCUUUUCAGGAGGAUGACAAUGAAGAUUUACCUUCUGACAACACAGAAGAGAAACAGAAAGUUAAAUAUGAUAAAGAUAGAACAGGACAAGAUGCAGCUCAGGAUAAUGGUUUUGAUAAACAGCUAGAGGGCAGCCUGAGUGCAGACGAGGAUACAGAUAUCAAAGUCAGGAGGAAGAAGAAAAAACCAAGGAAGACUGAGGAACCCAAGAAAGUAGAAAAUAAGAACACUCUCUUAGAGAAGAGAGCUAUGGCCAAGAAGCAAAGGAAUCAGGACAGAAGCAAAACUACCACUGAGUUAGAUAAGCCAGCACUCUCAUCUUCCCAAAUACAGAAGGGUUCAAGAUCGGGUUGGGAAGAAAGGAGUCUCCGGUCCUCUGACUCUGCUGAGGAGGAUAAAGAGAGCAAAAAAUAUGAGCCCAAAGAAAAAUACCAGAAAAGGCAUGAUUCAGACAAGGAAGAAAAAGGCUGGAAAGAGCCCAAAGGAUUUAAGACAUUCAAGGAAAUCAGAAAUGCAUUUGAUUUGUUUAAGUUAACUCCUCCAGAAGAGAAAAAUGAUGUUCCUGACAAUAAUAGGAGAAGAGAAGAAAUAACACUGGAUUCUAAAACUGUGGAAGAUCACAAAACCAAGGAGAACAAGCAGGCAAGCCGAGAAAGGAGAAAUACAAGAGAUGAAACAGACACUUGGGCAUACAUCGCUGCAGAAGGUGAUCAGGAGGCCUUGGACAGCAUGUGCCAAACAGAUGAGAAUUCGGAUGGCAGGCAACAGAUUUUGAAUUUGGGCAUGGACUUGCAGUUAGAAUGGAUGAAAUUAGAAGAUUUCCAAAAGCACCUUGAUGGGGAAGAUGAGGAUUUUGCUGCAGCAGAUGCAAUUCCAAGCAAUUUGUUGAGAGAUGCUGUGAAAAAUGGGGAUUAUAUUACUGUAAAGGUUGCACUUAAUUCAGAUGAAGAGUAUAACCUGGACCAAGAGGAUUCUAGUGGGAUGACACUAGUGAUGCUUGCUGCUGCGGGAGGACAGGAUGACCUCCUGCGACUCCUCAUCACAAAAGGAGCAAAAGUGAAUGGGCGGCAGAAGAACGGGACAACUGCCCUCAUUCACGCUGCGGAGAAGAACUUUUUAACCACAGUGGCUAUUCUUUUGGAAGCGGGAGCCUUUGUAAACGUCCAGCAGAGCAAUGGUGAGACUGCGCUGAUGAAGGCCUGUAAACGGGGAAAUUCGGACAUCGUACGACUUGUAAUUGAGUGUGGGGCUGACUGCAACAUUUUGUCGAAGCACCAGAACAGUGCCUUGCACUUUGCAAAGCAGUAUAAUAACGUGCUUGUGUAUGACUUGCUCAAGAGCCAUUUAGAGACACUUUCCAGAGUAGCAGAAGAGACGAUAAAGGAUUACUUUGAAGCUCGCCUCACUCUACUCGAACCUGUUUUUCCAAUAGCAUGUCAUCGACUCUGUGAAGGUCCAGAUUUUUCAACAGAUUUCAAUUACAAACCACCACAGAACAUACCAGAAGGCUCUGGCAUCCUGCUCUUUAUUUUCCAUGCAAAUUUUCUGGGUAAAGAAGUUAUUGCUCGGCUCUGUGGACCAUGUAGUGUACAAGCAGUUGUUUUAAAUGAUAAAUUCCAACUUCCUGUUUUUCUGGAUAGUCAUUUUGUUUACUCAUUCAGCCCAGUUGCAGGCGCCAAUAAACUCUUCAUAAGGUUGACAGAAGCACCCUCUGCCAAGGUGAAGUUGCUGAUAGGCGCAUACAGAGUGCAGCUGCAGUGACCAAGUGGAAAGGAUUGGCAUGGAGCUGUUUUCAGACCAAUUCCUAAAUACCCUCUUUGAAGCAGUUUGGAAUUUUUGGCAUAUCUAAAACUUUCAAAUGUAAAGUUUGCUGUAAACCUCUUACAGUUUAAGCCUGUCAUCUAUUGUAGUCUCUAAGAUGGGACAUAGUGGCUCUGGUAUAAAUGUAGAUUUCAGUGUUUGUGCCACUAUUCUGAAAUUUCAACAUUGUGUCCGGACUGCGUAUUUCAGUUUUCCACAGUGUGGAAUGGAACAUAUGAGGAUUAUUUAAAAAAAAAUUAAAGACUUUUUAAAGACCAACAAAACAAACAAACAAGAAAACUUGUAAUUUUCUAGUAGCCUUGGGGAAUUUAUUUUUUUUGAAGUAAAAAUGGUCAAGUGUGAAGCAUUUGCUUACAAGAGGAGCCAGGUUACCAAAGGGUGGAUUUGUUGUCCGUCAAGUGCGAUUAAUGUGACUGGACAGAUUUGGAGGUCUCCUUGUAAUAGAGCUGUCAUUCCCCCACCCUUUCAGCUAUAGCAAUAAUGUAAACAAGAACAUUACGAUGCCUAAAAGAGAACAGAAAAUAUGUGACCUUUUACACUUAUUCUUUAAAUUUUUUAUUAUUUUUAAAAUUUGACCAGAGAGAGAGGAAAACUGAGAAAGCAAACCACUAGAUCUGGGACUCUAACAUUGGUCGGCCAUGAGGGACUCUAGCACCUGAACCACUAUGCCACCUGCUGGCCUGCCAUCAUAUAAUUUUGAAAUCCAGGUCUUGUGCAUCUAGUGUCCUUCUUCUGAACACAGCCUGGAAAGGACAGCCAUGGGUCCCAGAGAGCCUGGUCACUGCACUAGAUGCCACACUGUGCUUUGAGGGGAGUCCUGUAGAUUGCCCCAAGGUCAAACUUUUUUAACUUCAUCUGAAGAAAUAUGUAACAAAUACUAAUAAGUCAGGCUUAGUGAGUUAUGGAAAAGUCCAAAACUGGUUCAUCAGUUUGUAAUUGUAUAAAAUUGACAUCGUAUAUGUUGAGACAUUUCAGAGCACUAUUUUUUACCUUGCAUCUUAAAACUGCCUUCUCCUAUAGUUUUCUCAAUAAACACUACAAUGUUGGUAUUUCUGAGGGAGAAAAGGUUUUAAGAUUUGAGCUAGUAUAGCAGGAGCAAUAAGGGAAAUAAUCAACUACAUAUAAGAAGAAUGGUUUUUUUAAAUUUAAGAUGAAUGGCCUUUAUCAGAGUAUGUUAGAAGAUGGUCUGUGUCCAGAACUGUCCAGGAUAUAAGCCAUGGAAAACCUGCAUAGAGUUCCUUUGCAGUUAGGCUGAGCAUUAUGGAAGCUGUGGAAAGACAGCAAGGAUGAAAUCUAUAACAAGAGAGACAGUGACUGCACAAAUUGUUUCAAAUGAACCAUGAAACUUUGGAGUUAACUUGAGGUAACAUUACCUUUGAGUUAUCCAUGUCAGCUUUUGCCAGAUGUCCAGGUAGUUGUGCCUGCCAAAUAAACAGUUGUUAUAAUCUA